AUGCUGCUAGAGGUUAAAUGGGCCAGAGAAAAUUAUCACCAUAACAUUGGCUCACCGUAUUCCUUGCGCCUAGCUUCUGCUGAUGUCAAUGGAAAGAUCAUCGUUUGGGAUGUAGCAGCAGGAGUAGCUCAGUGUGAGAUCCAAGAACACACCAAACCUAUUCAGGAUGUUCAAUGGUUGUGGAGUCAAGAUGCUUCUCGAGAUUUACUGCUGGCCAUCCACCCGCCAAAUUACAUUGUGCUCUGGAAUGCAGACACGGGCACCAAGCUGUGGAAGAAGAGCUAUGCAGAUAACAUCCUCUCUUUUUCUUUCGACCCUUUUGAUCCCUCACAUUUAACUUUACUCACCAGCGAGGGUAUUGUGUUCAUCUCAGACUUCUCUCCAUCCAAGCCUCCCUCAGGCCCCGGGAAAAAAGUUUACAUAUCCAGCCCACACUCCAGCCCAGCUCAUAACAAGCUGGCUGCAGCCACAGGGGCUAAGAAGGCUCUUAAUAAAGUAAAAAUCCUAAUCACUCAAGAGAAACCUAGUGCUGAAUUCAUAACUCUCAAUGAUUGCCUUCAGUUGGCAUACCUGCCUUCCAAAAGGAAUCACAUGUUGUUACUCUAUCCUCGAGAGAUUUUAAUCCUUGACCUUGAGGUGAAUCAAACAGUGGGUGUGGUUGCAAUAGAACGAACAGGAGUUCCAUUUCUUCAGGUAAUACCCUGCUUUCAACGUGAUGGUUUAUUUUGCCUACAUGAAAAUGGUUGUAUAACUCUGCGUGUUCGAAGAUCUUAUAAUAAUAUUUUCACCACUUCAAAUGAGGAACCAGACCUAGAUCCUGUCCAGGAGCUUACCUAUGACUUACGAAGCCAGUGUGAUGCAAUCAGGGUGACAAAAACUGUCCGUCCCUUCAGUAUGGUAUGUUGUCCUGUCAAUGAGAAUGCCGCUGCCCUCAUCGUGAGUGAUGGAAGGGUCAUGAUAUGGGAACUGAAGUCUGCAGUUUGUAAUCGAAAUUCACGGAACAGUAGUUCUGGUGUGUCACCUUUAUAUUCACCAGUGUCUUUCUGUGGAAUUCCUGUAGGAAUGCUACAGAGUAAACUCCCAGACCUCUCCUUAGAUAACAUGAUUGGGCAGAGUGCAAUUGCUGGGGAAGAACAUCCCAAGGGCCCUGUUCUGCAGGAAGUGCACCUCAAAUUCCUGCUAACAGGACUGUUCUCAGGACUGCCCUCGCCGCAGUUUACUCUCCGCAUGUGCCCGCCGCUGACCACAAAAAACAUCAAGAUGUAUCAGCCACUGCUUGCUGUAGGUACGGGGAACGGUUCUGUCCUGGUGUACCACCUUACCAGCGGGUUGCUGCACAAGGAGUUAAGUGUCCACUCGUGUGAAGUCAGGGGUAUUGAAUGGACGAGUUUGACUGGUUUUCUUUCUUUUGCUACCUCAACACCAAACAAUAUGGGAUUAGUGAGAAAUGAACUUCAGCUGGUUGAUCUUCCAACAGGUAGGAGCAUUGCUUUUCGAGGUGAACGAGGCAAUGAUGAAUCGCCCAUCGAAAUGAUUAAAGUAUCUCAUUUGAAGCAGUAUUUGGCAGUUGUAUUCAAAGAUAAACCCCUGGAGUUAUGGGAUGUUAGGACUUGUACUAUUCUUAGAGAAAUGUCCAAAAACUUCCCUGCAAUAACUGCUUUGGAGUGGUCACCAUCUCACAACCUGAAGAGCCUGAGGAAGAAACAGCUGGCCACCCGAGAGGCCAUGGCCCGCCAGACCGUGGUCUCCGAUGCAGAGCUGAGCAUUGCUGAGUCAUCUGUGAUCAGCUUGUUGCAGGAAGCAGAAAGUAAAUCUGAACUCAGUCAGAACAUCUCUGCCCGGGAGCAUUUUGUGUUUACUGAUCACGACGGCCAAGUUUAUCAUCUCACUGUGGAAGGAAAUUCAGUGAAAGACAGCGCUCGGAUUCCCCCAGAUGGAAGUAUGGGUAGUAUUACCUGCAUCGCUUGGAAAGGUGAUACAUUAGUUCUUGGAGAUGUGGAUGGAAAUUUAAAUUUUUGGGAUUUGAAAGGCAGAGUAUCCAGAGGGAUACCUACACACCGGAGCUGGGUGAGGAAGAUUCGUUUUGCCCCUGGUAAAGGAAACCAAAAAUUAAUAGCCAUGUACAAUGACGGAGCUGAAGUGUGGGACACUAAAGAGGUUCAGAUGGUGAGCAGUUUAAGAAGUGGAAGAAAUGUGAACUUUCGGAUAUUGGAUGUGGACUGGUGUACAUCAGAUAAAGUGAUCUUGGCAUCAGACGACGGGUGUAUCAGAGUUCUCGAGAUGUCUAUGAAGUUCACGUGUUUUCGAAUGGAUGAACAAGAGUUAACCGAGCCUGUGUGGUGCCCGUAUCUCCUUAUUCCAAGGGCCUCCCUCGCCUUGAAAGCUUUCUUACUACACCAGCCUUGGAAUGGACAGUAUUCUUUGGAUAUUUCUCAAGUUGAUUAUCCAGAAAAUGAAGAAAUAAAGAAUCUCCUUCAAGAGCAGUUGAAUUCAUUGUCUAAUGACAUAAAGAAACUCUUGCUCGAUCCAGAAUUCACUCUCCUGCAGAGAUGCCUGCUUGUUUCAAGGCUCUAUGGCGAUGAGUCAGAGCUGCACUUCUGGACAGUCGCUGCCCACUAUCUGCACAGCUUGUCCCAGGGCAAGGCGGCGAGCACACCGGCUGCCAAAGAGACUGCUGCUCGGGACAAAGUGAGCAACCCGCUGGACAUAUGUUACGACAUACUCUGUGAGAACGCCUAUUUUCAGAAGUUUCAGCUGGAAAGAGUUAAUCUCCAGGAAGUGAAAAGGUCAACUUACGAUCAUACACGGAAAUGUACAGACCAACUACUUCUCUUGGGUCAAACAGACAGAGCUGUGCAGUUGCUAUUGGAAACAAGUGCAGAUAACCAGCAUUAUUAUUGUGAUUCGCUGAAAGCCUGUUUGGUCACAACUGUCACCUCGUCGGGCCCCUCCCAGAGCACCAUUAAACUGGUGGCAACUAAUAUGAUUGCCAAUGGCAAGUUGGCAGAGGGUGUCCAGUUGCUCUGCCUGAUAGACAAGGCUGCAGACGCCUGCCGCUAUCUGCAGACGUACGGCGAGUGGACCCGGGCAGCGUGGCUUGCAAAAGUCCGUUUAAAUUCUGAAGAGUGUGCUGAUGUCUUAAAGAGGUGGGUUGACCACCUUUGCUCUCCGCAAGUCAACCAGAAGUCGAAGGCCCUUUUGGUCCUCCUCUCCCUGGGCUGCUUUUCCAGCGUGGCUGAGACGCUUCACAGCAUGAGAUACUUCGAUCGAGCUGCCUUAUUUGUGGAAGCUUGUCUCAACUACGGCGCAUUUGAAGUCAGUGAGGACACAGAGAAACUCGUCUCUGCGAUAUAUGCAGAUUAUGCCCGAAGUUUGAAGAGCCUCGGUUUUAAGCAGGGAGCAGUUCUUUUUGCUUCCAAAGCUGGAGCAGCUGGCAGAGACUUACUGAAUGAGCUGGAAUCCCCCAAGCUGGAAUCGGCUAAAGAGUGACAGGUUAAUAAGUGCCAGGGAACCUGACCUCCUAGCCGGGUGGGGCAGAGCAUUAGUCUGGCUGUGGUCAAGGUCACAGUGAAGACCGAUGGGGAUGCCAUCCUGGGUCCUGGUGAGCUGUUUCACCACGUUUCUCGUACUCCACGUGCACAGCAGUGUAUGAGCACUUAUGUUGUUAAAGCAGGUUCUGUGUCCUGUGUUUGUCUCAGAAAAACAUGAACACUUCAGAUUUUGAAAGUAUAUGACUUUUUGUGCUUUGGGAAAGAGACCUAUAAGAGUCCCUGGAAAUAAACUUUUAUUUAAUUUUUUUAAACUGAAAAUUCAAGCAACUGAAUUGCUAUUCUAUUAACUAAAUUUAAAGGUGUUUUAAAAAUCUAUGGUGAAAGAAGUUUGUGAGGCCUAUUCUUAAAUAUGGGCUGUGCCUAGGUUUAUAUACAAUCAUUCAGGAUACAAACAGAAGUAUUUAAGCAGUAAAGAUGACUCACCAAAGCAUUCCUUGUUUUCUGACCUUGAAAACACAGAACUGUUCAUUCCUUAGUUUAAGCAGUUGCUAAACUUUGUAAUUUUGGGCUCGUAGGCUCCAAGGGAAAUUUUAAGCUUUAUGUUUUAUUCUAGUAUGUGGAGUCUUUGAUAUUUUGGAUUUUACCUCCUUCUGUGAUGUAUCAUGGUAACUUCCUUUUUAAAAUCUUUGUGCUUUAUCUGUCUUUGUGUUGUAAUAUGAGAUGUGACUUAUAAAUUAUUGUUGAAAAUUUGAAUGGCUGUAACUUACAGAAAUGACAAAUAAAAAGGAAAUUCUGGCCAGG